AUGCUUUCUACUACAAUCCGUCGUUAUCUCUCCUCAUCCCAAUCGCCUCAAAAAUGGGAAAUCUACGCAUCGGUCGUCCUCUCCCGCGCCCCUCUAAUCGCCCCGCCCAUGUCUGAAAUCGAAUCGAAAUUCCAUCGACUUCAGAUGAAAGAAGAGGAGGAGAAGUCACUUCUAUCGAAUUAUGAAUUGAAGACUAAACAGGAUUUGAAAAUGGUCGCGCGACGUGAGCAAUUGAUUCGUGAGGGUAAAGAGUUGUCAGAGUUGGAUGAAGAGAUCGGAGUGACGAAUGCACAAAAAGAAGACGAUUGGAAGAGGAUUUCGGAGGAAUUGAACCAAAAAUAUCGAUUCGAUUCGCUGAAAACGGGCGUGACGGAGGCUGAAAAUGAGAGGAAUUUGAUGAGAGAAAUGGAGAGAAAAUUGGUUUUAAUUGUGAAACAGAGAAUGGGAAAUGAGUCGAAAGGAUACGAGACGCCGUGGAUACUCCCACAGAUCAAACAUCGAGAGGGGGAGACGUUGAGACAGACAGCGGAACGAUGCAUUGGAGAGUUGUCGAGCAAUGAUUUGAGUGCGGAUAUCAGUGGAAAUGCACCAUUCGGAGUGUUCACUCAUAGAUACCCAAAACCAAUUUCCUCGAAAACUGGAGCCACUGGAGCGAAGAUUUUCUUCUUCUCGGCGAAUCUGACGACGUCAUCUCAAGAGAAUUCAGAAUUGAAAGUGAAUGAAUCAGAAGAUAUUUCAGACUUCAAAUGGGUCAAUCAACAGGAAUUCUGGAGUACUGUACCUGGAACGGAUUAUAAGAAAGCGAUGAGAUUCGCUUUCUUGGAAUAA